AACAUUCUUCUCAAUCGAAGCAGCAGAUGGUUAGAGGGAGAGUAGGAACUUCCCCCUCCUAAAUACACACACACACAUACACACUAGCAAAAAUAUCCCAGCUAGAAGACUGUUCUUUGUUUGUGUUUUGGGGAAUCAUGUUUUUCCUGCUGUGAAGAGUACGCUCUACCCCCCUAGUAGAUCAGAGCACUGAUGGAGGAGAGGAAGAGGAGGAGAAGAGAGGGCAGACAGAGGGGAUAAGGCUUGUGAAAAUCUCUCAGUUCAGAAGGAUUUGGAGGGGGACAAAGCAGGGACGAAUACCUCCCACACUGGAAUAAGAGCAGGGACUCUGUCGUUUGGAAUGGUUUUCUGUCACUGUGAUGAACUGGAUAGUUGUUGUUUACCGGAUUGCAAUUUAUCUGGCUGUUUUUCUCCUGAAUGCAAGUUGUUUUGAUUGUGAGGAAAGGAAAUGUGGGUUGUUUUGCUCAGUGUUGAGAGCAGAUUUCACCACUUCAACAGUGGACAUUGACAUGAGGUAAGAGCCAUGUGACUAAACUGAUUUCUUCGUCUCUCUCUGACAGUCAUCAUUUGGACGUCAUCGUUAAUGUUGAGAGAGGAGAAGGAGCACACACGAGGACUGCAGCACUCCCAAUCCCACAUCUCCCAAUCCUAACCCUCGGGAGCUAAUCCAGAUUUGGGAAUGUCGCGCAUGGAUUGCUGAGUGGACAAAACCGCACAGCCAGAAUCUGCACAAUCUUCUUCUCGGAAUUCUGAUCAUCUUCAUGGUUUUGUUUUUGGACGAUCCACCACAACCAAAACCACCCCAGCGACUCGUUUGUCUUCUUUUAGCCCCAGUUUAGAGACUGAUUUUGGGCUUCCGGGCGUCGGGGUAACCUGGUAGUUUGGCCCUCACACAGGUCCAGCCUUCUCCUGACAGGGCCUGGAUUUACUGCUGCAGUCCUGGGAGUCAGAUUUCAUGCAACCAUUCCAAUGGUGUAACGGUGUGUAAACAAGAAGCUGUGAGCCGUUUGCAUGUGGGGAUAUGUCUCCGGCUCCUCUGUUUUCAGAGGGGAAAACAUAUGAGUAUUUAUAACACUUCCAUUAUAUGGAUGCCUGUGGUUUAGGUCUCCAGCACUUUGAGAAGUACUGUGGACUUAGCAAGAUGGAUACCACUUAUCACCUGCCGCUCAAUGUCUACGUGAUAGUGCUGGGCAUCGGCCUGUUCGUCUUCAUGCUCAGCCUCAUCUUCUGCUGCUACCUCUUCAGGUUGAAACAGCAAGGGACGAGGGAGCAGUUCAGCUACAAUGAGGUGGUUCUUAAAGGGGCAGGCAAGAAGCUGAGCCUUCUAGGACAAACGUGUGCAGUAUGUUUGGAAGAGUUUCGGACCAGAGAUGAGCUAGCCGUGUGUCCGUGUUCGCACGCAUUUCACAAGAAGUGCCUGCUGAAGUGGCUGGAGAUCCGCAGCGUGUGCCCCAUGUGUAACAAGCCCAUCCUCAGGCUCCACCCAGACCCCACACAGGGAACUGAGGGGCCCCAGGACCCAGAGGAGGUGUGAAGGACCCACAGGGGCCACCACGACCGCCAUACGCACCUGUACACAUUUACACGGAAUUGAUGGUCAUUUUAUGGACAUCACACAGUCGAUUGUAUUCUUAAAGUGGCUUCCAUGGUGUUAGUCUUUGACUGAGCAUUAAUCAAUAUGGCUGGGGUUUGGGUACUGUAUAUGGAUGUUGAUUACACCCGUCCAGGCCUUUCAGAUCGUCAAGAAAGUCAACGAUGUCCGAGGGGCAGGGCGCAAGAGAGUGUUUCGGGAUCGGGCCCUACUAGUUUAGCAAUGGAACCUAAAAACAAAACGAUAACCUUAACCUUGAGGGAUGUGGUGUUUGGAAUUUGGCCCUAGUAGAUUAGCAGUGGAGCUUCAUAAAGCUGUUGUCUGUCCUCCCCCUUUAGAUCAGUGAGAAUGAGUAAAGGCUAUAUGGACACUCCUGACCCGAAUAUUCAUUUUGCAGGUCAGCAGCGUACUAAUAGUAUCUCCAGUGAGAAUGAGAGGAAAGUGACAUAGGAACGGGAGCCACUUUAGAAUACCGAGUUCUCCCCCAGUCUUUGGACGAUGCCUGGUACAACACUGCCAGAAACAGCCAAUCACAAACGACACAUCAGGCAUUCUGAGAAGGUCAUUGGUCGAGUAUCAGGAUUGAUGUAAAUGGAUACCUCUCAUACCUCAGGGGUGUUACAAUACAAGCCAGCACAAACAUGCCAUUCAAUACCAUGUGCCACACACAGAACAUGUCCAAUACUGCCAACUCCAACCUAGGUAACACUAUACUGAGGUAGUCAAAACAUUGGUCACGUUCCAGGCCGACUACAUUGCCGCACGCAGCAACCAAUGGUUCUAUGCCAUGUCAUCGACUGCGCAGUCGUAUGCGGUUAGCUGACAUGUUAAACACUUAUCCAGGUGUGGAGAUCUGGUAAGCGACUGCAAUGUAGUCGGUCUGGAACGCAGCCAUUGAGAUCUGGCAAGCGACUGCAAUGUAGUCGGUCUGGAACGCGGCCACAGGCCGGAAUCACAAAACCAGUCCAAUACCAACAUCACAGCAGCUCUCUGAUGUACAGAACUAUAUAUCCAGGAGUGUGUCUGAAAUGGCACCCUAUUCCUUACACAGUGCACUACCUUUGACCAGAACCCUAUGCAGGCCCUGGUCAAAAGUAGUGUACUAUAUAGGGAAUAGGGUGCCAUUUGACACAAACCAGGUCCAUAACCUCGAAGACUGAUAGACAGCUAGUCUUGCCUGUAUGUAUGUAUGUACGUAACGUUGUGAUCCCCCAUCUUGUAAUUUUGUAUCGUUUGUUGCUUUUAAAUAAAAUAUGUUUCCUCUC